AUGUCUCUUCCACGACCACCACACUGUUCCUUCACUAUCCCCAGCAUCCACGACGACGUCGAGCUCGACUGCCGGAUCUACUACCCGCGACGCCCGGAGAGGAGCUCGGGCUCGCGCGUGUUUGGGCGAGGGUUCGCCGUCUUUGCGCACCCCUACGCGCCGCUGGGCGGGUGCUAUGAUGACCCCGUGGUCGCGCUCGCUGGGGGCGUCCUGCUCCAAGGCGGCUAUUUUCUGACGACGUUCAACUUCAGAGGCGCUUCCGGAUCGGCGGGGAGGACGUCGUGGACCGGCAAGCCAGAGCUGGCCGACUACGUGUCGGUCUACGGGUUCAUGGUGUGCUACAUCGACGCCAUUUUCCGACGGCUGCCUGGCGAAAAUGACGCCCCUCCGGCUAACAAACCACCGGUUUUGAUUCUGGGAGGGUAUUCGUACGGGGCGAUGAUCGCGUCUCAUCUGCCGGCGGUGGACCUCGUCAUUGAUCUGUUCCGCUCGCCAGCGCCUGGUUCGGCAGAGAGCGAGAUCAGACGCCGAGCGACGGACCUGGCGCAAUACGCACGAGCCUACCUGGACAUGCAUUCGGGGUCGCCGACGCUGACGACGCCGCGGGUUCGUGGCAGCAGUGCCGCAGUAGGAGAACCGGGCAAGAAGCACAGUCCCGGUGUCAUCAUGGGGGGCUACGAGUCGGACGCCGCCAGUCGACGACGAGUCAGUCGAGAAAACUCGGGGAGAAGCGUGGACGGGGAGAGGAUCAGGCAGAGCUUGGACAGGAUUCGCCGUAAGAUCAUCUCCCAGCCCAGCAGCCCGAGUGCACAGGCAACGAAGGAUGCAGCUGUGGAGUCUGCCCUGGUACAGCCAGAGGUCGCCUAUGUCAUCGUAUCCCCCAUAUUGUCCAUGGCGGCCGGGUUCACGACGAUGUUCUCAAAGUUGAGAUUUACUCGGAAGGACCGCGAGAUUCCCUCUUCUUCUCCAAAAAGAGAGUUCCACGAGCUGAUGGUGCGUCCGUGUUGUUGCUGCUACGGGACACGCGACGGCUUCACCUCUGCGGCCAAGUUGGAACGGUGGGCUCAAGAUCUACAAUCGCAGCCGGGCUCGCGGUUGGUCACGGUCAGUGCAGACACGGGCCACUUCUGGCAUGAAGCAGAGGGCAUCGUUCGACUUCGCCAAGGUCUCGCGGAAUUCCUGGAGAUCGUGGCACAACUCGGUCUCCCUUCAGACCAGGUCGGGUCCGGGGAGACCGUCGAAACCCCCACAAGUACCCCGAGACCGCGGCCAAGAGCCCCCGAAGUCACAGCUGCCGACCUUGCAGCAGGAUGA